AUGUCAGAUCAGGUUUUGGAUUACUGUUUUGGUGCCUAUAAACACACUGUUGACGCUGUCUGUAAUUCAGGCAAGAAUACCGUUGAUCUAGCCAAGGGACUUGUUAAAAAGACUAAAUCAUUAUAUGACAAGUCGUUGAAAGGUCUUUCAGAUGAGGAAUUGGCCAACUUAUACGAAGAUCCUGCUAUACACUCAGAGUCCACAUCGAACAUGUUCUCUAAGAUGGGGAACAGAGUGUGGGCUCAUCGGGGUUUACUCCUAGUAGGGGUAGGUUUGACAUCUGCGGGAUUGUUAUUGUAUUCGUCUACGCAUUACUUGAUGAAUGCUCUGCCAACUCAUUUGACGGAUGACAAUCAAGUACUACUUGUUCUAGGUGAUAUUAGAGACCCUGUGGUCAGAAACCAGGUUAAUGAGUUGUACAGAAGAAGGUUUAUCGUUUUCGUUUGUAAACGGAAAUUGAAAUAUGGUACUGGCGAACCAGAAGAUGAUUUCACCAUCGAUGACCUGACUUCUGAUGAUGGUGGGAUUUUCUACAUCGACGCUGAUAGCUCUGGGUUGGCUAGCUUUAUCCAAUACAUGAACGAUCAUUCAGAGAAACAAUUAAGAUCGAUCUUGUUCAUGCCAAAUCUUUCGUAUUACCCCUCAGGUAAUACUCUUUCCUCGAAACUAGUCACCAAUGAAGUGCAGGAGAAUAUUUUGAACUAUUACGGCGUCCUUGAGAAACUAAUACCCCAUUUUGCUGGGAAUGCCUUUAAGAAAUUGCAAUUAAUCUUCUUUAACCCAUCCCUUUCUAAGAAUUUACAACUCAAGCACCAUUCCGUAGAACAUUUAGUAUCGGGACUCAUCUCUACGUUCUAUGAGACCAUGAAAAUUGAAUACUCUCACCAGUGUGACGUUUACAUGUGCCAUAUUGGGAUCCUCGGAAUCGGAGGUAACGCUAGCACUUUCAAGUAUUUAUCCGUGAAAGGUUCAAACAUAUCGAAAUCGUUAUGCGAGCCCAUUUAUCAGUUGAUUUUGUCAAGAGACUACAUGUGGCUACGCUUGAAAAGAUGGCUAAGCGGUAGUAUCUUAUACUGUGGUAAAGGUAGUGCUUUGACAAGUUGGCUAGGGUAUCUAUGUCCACUAUGGUUACUUGAUUUGUUCUAA